UUUUUUUUUUUUAAUUAAUAUUCGUGCCAUUUCGUUCAUCGUCACGUUAAAAUAUAAGACCCUAUCUGACGCACCAUAUUCAGUAUGUUUAUCACCUCUGAGGAGAAGCUACGCUAACCUAACCUAACCAGCUAACUGUUUUAGAGCAGCGGGGGUGCGUUAAACCACCAGUGGGGUGUUUGGUGUCUGAGCAGAUCCUCGGAAAUGACAGGUGCAACGUCUGUCUAAUUCGUCACGCCGAUCCCACCGAGUUCCUAACCGAUCUAGGAAGCGAUAAAACGUUAAACACGUGUAAGGCUGUGAUGCUUUGAGAUGGCGGGCACAGUGGAAAGUGUGAGAGAGGAGGAGCCUCUGAAGGGUGUGUCAGAAGAAGGGGGUGUGUCUAACGACCGUCACUGUGCAGAUGGGCUGGGCGUGUCCAAGCUGUCGACCUGGCGCACGGCUACCUUCCUCCUCUCGUUCUUCAUCUGCCUCAUCAUUGUGUUUGCCUUCUCCUUUGUUCUGCCCUGCCCCGUUCGCCCACAGUACCAGCCCACCUGGAACCGCAUUGUACCUGCUGCAGCUACAUAUGAUUUCCUGGCUGUGGGGCAUGUUAACCCAGACCAAGUGCAGGAUGUUGUCUUCAUCUAUAAAAGUGCAGAGGGCACCAUGAACCAAAGCUGCAUUGGUGAAGGUCUGCCCUCCCCCUGCCUGUUUCUCUUGGCUGUUGAUGGCACUGAUGGGGUGACUCUAUGGGAACGACCACUAGCUGCUGUAUAUGAUUGGGCGGUUUGUGGAGUGGGUGGGGUCAAGACAAAAGGAAAAAUCUGUCUGGUGGCUCACACAGACAAUCUCACAGCUGUUAACAUGCACACAGGUGUGAUCAUUUGGCAGAGGCCACGUUCUCCUGUUAUUAAUGGACACCUCCCAGUGAUCCUCUUGCCAGAUCUUGAUGGUGACGGAACUGACGAUAUUGCAGUGCUGUCGUACAUCCCUCCCGUGCCGCCUCGCACACCUGCACCAACUGAGCUGGUGUUCUUCUCGGGUAAAUCGGGUGACGUGAUUGGCUUAAAGGUGAAUGUGGAUGCAGGAGCGGUGAGGACUCACCUGCAGGUUACCACGCCAAGUGGAGCCCACUACCUGCUGCUAUGCACAGACGGAGGCCUGUACACGGUGGGGUUGUGGCGUUUGGCAGACAGGGCUGAGAUCAGCAUGGCCUCCAAACUGAAGAAGGAGAACAGCUGGGAAAAAAAACCCACCAACAUCUCAGGACUCAUCCCACUCUACGGGUCAGGGGCUCUGCAGCACAUGGUGGUGGUGAAGGGUGGCUCUGGAAGCUCCUCCCCUUCUGUGCUUCUCCAGACUGCCUCCACCAUAAUGUUGUUAAAUACAAACACACUCAGCAUCAGCUGGACCAAGAACACCAGCCAACUGAUCAAUAUUCCCUCAUUUGGUCACUUCAAUAAAGAUGGAGUUUCUGACAUAGUCCUUGAGGAAAACCUGGGUAACGAAACGAAGCGGGUGGUGAUUGUGGACGGGCAGACGGGCCGGGAGCUGUGGGCGGGAAGUCUGCUCUUCGGUACCCAGAGCCCCAGUCCUGCUUCUGUUCUCACCAUCUAUUCCUACUCUGUCUUCAUGUUGUGGGGAGAGACACGUACACAAAGCAACGUCACAAGGGGCAUCUCUGAGGAGUGGGCUUCGUACCUCCUCCACCCCCACUAUUCUAGUGUCCUGCUGGAGAGAAGAAAUCCUGUACAGAACAUCAUCUCGUUUAAAACUGCUCUGUUGGAACGAGGUCGUCAUGCCUGUUACCUCGUCCUGUCUGGAGCCAAUGGAUCACUGACGGAUGAGGCGGGGCUUGGUGGGGCGGAGCCAGUGGUCUUGACAAAGCGGAAGAUCAAGGAUGAUGUAUCGCAGAGUGUUGUGCUGGGAGUGGGAGGGCCUGAGGGCGGGGCCAUAGCUAGAGACAUGGAGAAUUUUGUGAGGGAGGCAUUCGAAAGGCUGAGAUUUAAUGAGGAAAUGAUUUAACUCCUCUGGAGUAACAGCUGCUCCUGUGUAGAGUAGUUGGUUUUAAUCCAGGAGUGGGAGGGGAAAAUUAAUGUAGGAAUUUGCUAGUUCCUCAGAUUUUUAUUGUAAAUCUAGAGUGCUCUUCUCUGUACUCUGCACCUCAUCCCAGUUUACUGAAGCAGUCUGCACCUAGUUUCUGAGCUCCUUAGAGUAUGUGCACAGAGUUCUGUGCGAGUCUGUAAAGUCACAAUGCAGUUGAUGCUCUGUGCGUGGGGGAUAUGUGUGGACCACACUCCUGUCUACAAUGUCUUGAAAAAAUGCUGCAUGAUGUAGCCUUUAUCUCAAAGAACAAAGACAAUCAGAACCUAUACAGUACAUCAAGUACAGUUUAGAAAUGGAUUUAUAAAGAAACAGUAAGCAAGGAAUGCAUUAAGUAAAUUUAAAAUCAGUUGCUUAUAAAUUUCUAGUAUAGUCCAAUACCAAGCACUUUAUUGGGUGAGGGUGAGGCCAGUAUGUUUCUGCAGUGCAAGGCUUGAAUACAGUGCCUGGGUCUGUGGUGCUGGGUUCUGUGCUGAAAUAACCAGAAUCUUUUGCCUUCUGAAACGUAUGGAACACUGUAACUGUUAUAUACUAUACACAUCUAAUCAUGUACUAGGACCAUAUAUAGUUGGCCCUGCUUCAUCAUUUAUGAAUAUUUUAUUCAAUUUCAUUUUCUGCCCUUCUGUAGAGUGCUUUUGUUUUUUUAAGGUUGUUCCCAGUGAGACGCUAGAGCGCAGCACUGCAUUGCAGUCGUAACUGUGCAGUGUGCGCAGUCGGUCCGUUCCAGUGGCUUUGCCUGGGCGACUGCUAGCAGUGCUGAUUGUGUUUGGAUCUGUUUAACGUUGUUUUUAAGCGGUACAGAAUGAUUGAUUUUGGCUGUGUGAAACUAGUUGUGCUGAUGAGCUUCUCUCAUGUAUACCCUGCUGUUUUCCUGGUAAUGACUCUAAUCAUCCUCUUCAAGUUUACUUUGAUUUGCUUUCAUUUGUCCAGUCCCAGUAAACCUAAUCAUUUUCCAUAUUCCUUCCAUUUACUUUUCACCAUAAAGUGGAAAAAGUACAAUCAUGCAGUUGUGUGUUGCUGGAUGAAACUAGCUUGCUGACUCAUCAGUUUGUUGUUUGUAUACCAAGGAGAAGUGAGUGUGGUGACUAUAAAGUUAACAGUGCUCAGAAGGGUCCUUCUUGUAGGAUAACACCUAUGUCUAUCCUAUAUUUGCACAGAUUGGGAGUAUUGGUGUUCUGUGGAGAGACUGUGGUCCUGAACUAUUCAAUUGACCUGCUUGUAGUGGUUUGUUUUAAGCUGAAACCAAAGUAACUAUAGUUGAACACUGUCUGCAUUGGAUUUGGCAGAGUCCAGGCUUGGCUCAUAAAGCAUGAUGAUCUUUAGUGGUUCAUGCUGAUCUGUGCGUGCGUAUGCACGCACGCCAGCCAGUCACUCACUGAAUGUCUUACAGGGGUUCAGCCCAAGGCCCCAGGAGUUUAAUUGCGGAUCCUGGGCAUGAGUUAGUGCCUUUAGAGCAGGAGGCAUGUGCGUGCUUCUUAGUUUAUAAACAAAAAUGACUAUACUGCUGCAAAAACUCAGUUCAUUGCUGCUGAUCAGUAAUAUCUCUGCACCUACUAACGUCAGUCGGCAUGCUCUAAUCUAUACGCAAGUCUGUAGUUUAUUUUCCUUACUAAGAUUGGAGACCAUGGUCCAAAAUUAAAGUGUAAACUGUGGACUUUCAGAUAAAAUAAUCUUAAGACAGAGUUUGUAACUGGGGCAACUAGUGAUUUAAAAACAAACAAAAUAAUGGGGGGUUUUUUUGGGGGGGGGGAUGGUCCUGGAUCAGAUGCUUAAUAAAUGAGGAACAGGACCCAUCAAUAAGGGACCUUAAUCUGAAGGGUGAGGGCAGAGGGUCUCAAUUUUGAACCAAAGAGCAGCACAUGCAUGUUUAGGUUAAUGUUCACCCCAACCACAGAAAGGGCAAACAUGUCAUAAGCUCUCUGUGGACUAUGCGAACUCUCAAUCCAAACCACGGUGUUGAACAAGGAAGUGGAUUGCUGGGAAGCAGGAAGCAUACACAUGUCCAAACAGGAAAAGGAGGGUCACUUAUCAGUGUCUGCACUUCCAUGCUCCAGGUGUACUGAACCAGCUGCCAACUGAUGGGACAAACUGCACUCAGAGUGCAUUAAUACCCAGGCCUUAAAAAAAAACCAAAAAAAACCUGCAAGUGACCUCCUGUGCAGCCAAAGCCCUGUUGCACAAAGUCUAGAUGUGAGCCCCACCCAGAGUGCCAAAGGCUCCUCUGCAGCACAGCUCUGGAGUAGUUAAAUUAGUUUAAUCUGAAUCAGAGAUUCCAGUCACCUGCUGUGCUGUGUAAUGCUACUGGACCAAAACAGGUAGUCAGCAUGCAGCUUCUGCAUCUUAAAACCAAAUCAAGCCAUGAUACAGUCUGAUCCUGGACCUUUUUAUGCUGUGUCUGAGUGCUGGUGCAUGUUGCUCUGUGUGGUAUAUUUUAUAUUUGAUUUACUUAUUGGUUUCUUGGGCUUUUGUAUUAUAAACCUGUAGAUCAGGUCUGAAUUAGAUUUGGCUUCUGGGUUUUUAAUCACUGUAAUUUUGAACACUAAAAUGAGUGGAAUAUUCAAUAAAGACAUGAUUUUGUUGAUUUGACACAAAG